UAAAUAUUUAACUUGUCUUCCUUUUUCAAUAAUAGGAUUUCUACAGUCAUAGUAACUGGGUGGAAAUGGAAAACACACUCCCAAACUCCAAUCUGAUCAGAUCAGACACCAGCAUCGGUAACAUUGCAGCUGAAAGCAGAGCAACCUGUCGCAACUGUAAUGGAGACGACUGCACAAACAACAUUUUGGAGGACAUCCUGCAGGAAAAGAUACUUAUCUCUGGAUAUACUGGUGUUUCCAAACCAAUCGGAAAAUGCAGCCAUGGAGGUAAAUUUGAUACAUCAAGUACAAUUGAGCCUAAAGGUGGGAUCAACAAAGACACGUUAAGCUCGAACCAUGGACAUCUCCACAUUACAGCAGCAGAUUUGGCGAUAGCUGCAACCAGUGAGCUACUAGAGGACGUUCGAAAGGCUGCUGGUGACCGAGUAUUCCUACAGAUGAUAGGAAUCUCCAAAGGCUCCAGUAACGCUCUUUGUAUGUUGUUGUUUUGGUUUAUGGUGUGUGUAUGUGCAUACUUAACACUGUAGCUGAGCUGAUUUGUUUAAGCUGUUCUGUGUAUAUAACGAGAGCAAUGUAAUCAAAUUCCUCAUAUGUGUGCACAUAC